AGCAAUUUAUAUUCAGAAGUCUGUUCCGAAACCAAAAUGCUUUCAUACAAAUCUAAUUCUAGAUCUUGAGUCUAAACAUCUAAUACUUAUUCAUGUUUAGCGUAAAUCCGGAGCUGCUUUUGUUACUGACACAACGACAUUAACUGUAAGAUUUAAACCUUUGUCAGUAAAAAUGCGAAAAAGAAUUAAAAAAAAAAACUUAAAGCUGGUGACCUGUUGAAAAUUUGACCUUUCUUGUGUAGUCCCCUGGGCAGCAAACCCGCCUGCCCCCCUCCGGCCCUGCAGAAGUGAUAACGGUCUCUGUGUUACUAAAAAAAAAAAGAAGAAUGCCCAAAAAGGACAACAUGUCGGUGUGGCAAGCUCUGUUUAAAGCUGCUGACAAAGACCAUAGUGGCUUCUUAGAUAAAGCUGAACUCUUUCGACUCAUCAAGACUGCGAAUGCACACGUCUCGGAGGGUUUCGUUGAGAAAUUUUUCCAUUUCACAUCCCAUUCCUCUGGGCCACACAAAAUUUCCUUCGAAGAAUUUGUUGAAGGCAUGAAGCAGAUGGAAGAAUUCUUGACUCAAAUGACAGCUUUUUUCCACAAGUUUGAUUUCAACAAAAAUGGCUACCUGGAGAAGUCUGAGUUUAGGAAAGCCCUAGAGUUCACAGGACGCAAUUAUGAUGACAAAGAAUUCGAAACAAUUUUUCAGAAAACAGACGCGAACAAAAAUGGGCAAAUUAGUUUAGAAGAAUUUUUGAAAACAAUGUUACAAUAAUGAUUUUACUUUAAAUAUUCACUGUUUUUUUU